AUGGGUGAGUCAGAUGAAACUUCAGACCGUGGCAACAGUGAAAAGGCUUUGCCGCCACAAGCGGCACCCAAACCGGCUCUCAACAAAUUCCAUCUGAAGUGCGUGAACUGCGAUUUUAGGGCCAGCUCCGCCAUGGCGCUGGAGAAGCACGCUCGUGUCAAACACCUGGACCAAGAGUGGUACCGCUGCAAAUUGUGCAACGUGCAGUUCGCCACAUCCGAGUGGAUGAACAUCCACCUGACGUCGGACAGCCACUUGCAGAGGCAGAAAGAAAAUAACGGCUCAGAAUUUCCCUUGUCCCAAGUGUGUGUUGAGAGUGUCCACAGAGGCAGCGCCGGAGAUGAUGCUGCUGUAGGCGAUGUGGAAGGGUCCAUCGGAGAAGAAAUACCUGCUUUAACUGAAGGAGAGCAGGAAGUGGACGAGGCAGAAGAGAGUUCCAAAUCUGUGCAGGCUGAGGAGGAAGCUGGAGAGCUCGAACCUCCCAAGAAGAAAAAAGGACGACCAAAGCUAGGAGGGUCUGUCACUUGUGAACACUGCGGCUUGGUUGUGUCCAACGCCACCAACCUCAGCGUUCACGUUCGCCGGAAACACAGCAAAGAGUACGGCUACUGCUGCACCCUGUGCAACUACAGCUGCGUGACCAAAGGAGACAUGGAUAGACACUGCUUCACUAAGAAGCAUGUUAAACGAGCACAAGCGGGUUCAAACAAGAACCCAGCUACUGCUCCUGUAGUUGCAUCAUUGCUCGAAUCCACAGUUACCCAGAACCCCGCCCUACAGACCGCCGACGCAGAACAGGAGUCCAACAACGCCCUUUCCCAAGAAUUCAAAGUAGAGGAGCAAGCUCUAUCAGACACACCCUCAACAAGUAGAUCUGACUCGAUCAGCACGUGCAGCUUGUGUGGUUUUGUAGCUCAGUCGAUCCCUUCCCUCCAUCUUCACGUGAAGAGAAAGCACACCAAAGACUUUGAGUAUGUUUGUUUGGCGUGCGGCUACUACGCUGUGACCAGCAGGGAGAUGUGCCGCCAUGUCAGCACCGAGAAGCACAGGCAGAAAAGUCUGAAAUACAUAGAGAUGCAAGGUAGCAAAGAGUCAGAACUUCCACAGAACAAAAGGGAGGGCGAUGACCCACCUGUUGGAAAUCUGAACCCUGAGCGUCCACAUUCAGCUGGUGCAUCUGAUUCUAGUUCCAGUGACAAUCGAGGUUUGGAAGUACAAAAUCCCUCCACGUCCCCUGUCACCUCAGAGGUUGAAAGGGUUGUGGUUGGUGCUGCUAGCAGUGCACAUGAAGAACAAGUAAAGACUGUUGCAUCCUCUGCUCGUGUUGACCCAGAUCCAGUCAACCAGACAGCAGAGCUAGCAGCCCUGUCUGAGGCCCAGCAGGCUUCAGGAGAACUUGAGCUCUCUUUAGAGGCGUCUGCACAGCAGGAGAGCCAAGAGGAAGAAGCUGAGCUAGUAGGAGACGAGUCUUUAAAGGCAGACGGGAUGAUUGUAGAUACGCACAUGUCCAAAGGUUUUCCAUUUGAUGCCUGCAUUGUGUCUGUAAAGGUCCUUGCUGAGCAGGAGAAGGCAUUGCUGGAAAGUCUGGCUCUGGGAAGAGAAUCCUCUGUGAUUUGUUUGACUGGAGGAUCCUCAUGUGACCUCGGGUCCUCCACUUCUGCACAUGUCAGAAAGCUCAAACCCAAGGAAGGGAAGGACACCACAGGAAGAAGCUCUCACUUACGCUGCGAAGACUGCGGCUUCAUGGCGGACGGCCUCAGCGGCCUCAACGUCCACAUCUCCAUGAAGCACCCCUCCAAGGAGAGGCACUUCCACUGCCUGCUGUGUGGCAAGUCCUUCUACACGGAGAGCAACCUGCACCAGCACCUGACCAGCGCCGCCCACAUCCGCAACGAGCAGAACAGCGUGGAGGCGCUGCCCGAAGGGGGCGCGAGCUUCAAGUGUGUGAAGUGCACGGACCGCUUCGACACAGAGCAGGACUUGUUUUUUCAUAUCAAAGAGAAGCACGAGGAGCUCCUGAAGGAGGUCAGCAAGUACGUGCUGGAGGACACGGAGCAGAUCAACCGCGAGCGCGAGGAGAACAAGGGGAGUGUUUGUAAAUACUGCGGCAAGGUGUGCAAGAGCAGCAACUCCAUGGCCUUCCUGGCUCACAUCCGCACACACACCGGAUCUAAGCCCUUCAUGUGUAAGAUUUGCAACUUUGCUACUGCUCAGCUGGGAGAUGCCAGGAACCACGUGAAGAGACAUCUUGGCAUGCGAGAGUACAAAUGCGACAUCUGCGGAUGGGCCUUUGUGAUGAAGAAACACCUGAACAUCCACCUGCUGGGAAAACACGGGGUCGGAGAGCGUAAAGAAAGGAAGUUCGAGUGUGAUCUGUGUGACCGCUCCUUCAGCGAAAAGUGGGCCUUGAACAACCACAUGAAGCUGCACAACGGAGAGAAACCGUACAAGUGUGCGUGGCCGUCCUGCCACUACUCCUUCCUCAACCUGUCAGCCAUGAAGGACCACUACAGGACGCACACAGGAGAGAAGUCUUAUCUGUGUGACCUGUGUGGGUUUGCAGGAGGCACGAGACACGCCCUCACCAAACACAGACGCCAACACACAGGAGAGAGACCCUUUAAAUGUAAGCUCUGCAACUUUGCCUCCACCACGCAGUCCCACCUUUCACGGCACAAACGUGUUCACACCGGAGAGAAACCAUACCGCUGCCCCUGGUGCGACUACAGGUCCAAUUGUGCAGAGAACAUCCGGAAGCACAUUCUCCACACGGGGAAACACGAUGGCGUGAAGAUGUACAACUGCCCCAAGUGUAUUUAUGCCACCAAUUCUCCCAUGGAGUUUCGCAACCACCUGAAGGAGGGCCACCCAGAUAUCGAGAACCCAGACCUCGCCUACCUGCAUGCAGCUUGCUGUCAGAUCCGGCGGGUCUCUCGGUCUCCUUGGCAGCAGGACUGCCUGAAUGCUGGGCAGCGCUCCUCCCUGUGCAAUGGUCACUCCUCCCAGCAGUCUGCCAAGCUUCUCGUCACCACGGACAGGCAGCUGAAGGUGGCGGGGGAUGAUCCCGGUCCUCCUGUUGUCACGAGCAGAGUUUCCCACCAACUCCAGGAUCCCGGCGGUCAGGCACUCAAGCACCGCCACCAGGUUGACGGUAUCGUAUCAAAAUCCUUUGAGUGUCGUCUGAAGGGCCAGGGGGCCGCCUUUGUGGAAACGGACUCCGUGGACUCCCCCGUGCACCAGAAGGGCUCGGCCGACUCCGUCCAGCAGGUCAUCAUCAUCCAGGGUUACGGCAACAACGACGUGGCCAUCGAUCAGGCUUUGGAAGAGUCGGCCGCCGUCACCCUGCAGACUCUGGCCAUGGCCGGCCAGGUGGCCGAGGUGCUGCACAUCACCGAAGACGGACAGGUCAUAGCCUCAGGUAGCGAGGUGGCCUCUACAGGGGCCCACCUGGCUGGAGGCACCACCCAGUAUGUGGUUCUGGAUUCAGGAGACGCCAGUAAGAAGCUGCAGGCCGUGGCCGGGGAAGAGAUGGCGGUCACCGCCGCAGCGCAGAACCACGCCAUUUCUGAGUCGUCCACCGCCUUGGACGCCCUGCUGAGCGCCGUCAGCGAAAUGGGCCAUCAGGACAAAAUGCAAGAAGAAGAGGUGGCCGUGGUCCAUGAAGUGCUGGCCCCCGAGACAGCUGAGGAGGACCCGGGCGCCGGCAUGGAGGUGAAACAAGAGCAGGAAGAAGUGCACGUCAUUGAGGAGUCCAGCCAUGAAGACAUGCAGGAAGUGCUGCAGCUCGCCGCCUCCCAGAUGGUGAAGGAAGGUCUCACCCAGGUCAUCGUGAACGACGAGGGCACCCACUACAUCGUGACGGAGCUGGAUGACUGCACCCUACAGGUGGAGGGAGCCGUGUACGGGGAGGGGGAGGAGCAGCAGGUGGAGCAGCCAGCAGCAGAGGAGAUGGUGGUUUAUCUGGACGGAGCGUCCCAUAAUAUCGUCCUGGAGGGGUGA